UCUCGCGGGAGUGCAGCCGCGAGGUCUCGCGAGGACUGCUCCGUGAGUCGCAGCUGAAACUGCGGAGCGCGGGUCUCCGCUGAGGUUACGGACUGGGCGUUUCCGUUGUGGGAAUCUCGCGGCAGGAACCAUAUAUUGAAGACAAUGUCUGGAAGCUUCUAUUUUGUAAUUGUUGGCCACCAUGAUAAUCCAGUUUUUGAGAUGGAGUUUUUGCCAGCUGGGAAAGCGGAAUCCAAAGACGACCACCGUCAUCUGAACCAGUUCAUAGCUCAUGCUGCUCUCGACCUGGUAGAUGAGAACAUGUGGCUGUCGAACAACAUGUACCUGAAAACUGUGGACAAGUUCAAUGAGUGGUUUGUGUCAGCAUUUGUCACUGCGGGGCAUAUGAGAUUUAUAAUGCUUCAUGACAUAAGGCAAGAAGAUGGAAUAAAGAACUUCUUUACUGAUGUCUAUGAUUUAUAUAUAAAGUUUGCAAUGAAUCCAUUUUAUGAACCCAAUUCUCCUAUUCGAUCGAGUGCAUUUGACAGAAAAGUUCAAUUUCUUGGGAAGAAACACCUUUUAAGCUGAAUGCAGAAAAAUUCUGAAAUAAACAAUGUUACAACAAUGGGGUAUACUCAGGAAUGUGUACAUUGUUAGUAACGUGAUUAAAUAGCCUGGAAAACUUUUACUUAUAGUCUCAAUGUAUCUAAACCUAAUGAAAUUCCUGUAUAUUUAAAAAUAGUACAUUGUUUCAUGUUGCUUAUCAACAGAUUAAUAUUUGCUUGUAAACAAUGGUAUUGAUAAAGAGCUCCUUAUCAGCAAUCUUGAAACAUUUUUAUUUUAAAAAUUGAGAAUAAUGUUUUGACUUUCUUAAUUCAGAAAGCUUGAUCUUGAUGUAACAGUCUAGAAACAAAUGUCAUAAUCAUGGUUUGAUAGAUUUAAAACUAAAAAGAUUCUGCAGUAAGGCAUGAAAUCAAUGGCACAUGUGUUGAUUUAUUUAUCCAUUUAGAGUCCUGGAUCCAUGUUUGGGAGACUGGGACCAGUUACAGGCCACAGUGAACUGUGUUGUUUCUGUCACCUUGUUGUUGUAUUUCCUUCCCCUCAGACAGUAAACUAAAGAUUAAGUGAACCUGUUGGUAUCUGUACUUGUAAAAAGUUGUAAGGGAAUUUUUAUAAUUGCUGUCAAAGAAAAGCUUGGAGCACUCUUAGCCUUUUAGGCUGUACACCAGAGUGGGCUGGGAGUGGUCUUUUUACUACUAUGGUAAGUGUGAUUUUCUAGCAAAAUAGCAAAAGUCCAUUGAAAAACAAGUAAUCAGGUAUUUUCUAAUUGUGAUAACUUGAUGAAUUUUGUUCCAUUCUGAAUUUGAACAAGUAAUUAAUUCUAAGGUUGAUCAUGUAUACUUCUGUGAAGUUGCUACCAUCAGUUUUUACCCUAUUUAUUUGACUUCUUAAAUAAAGAUGUUUGUCCAA